AAGCCUGUCCAUGGGGGUGGAGCCUGUGGACCUGCCUCCCCCCCACUCCUGCCUCAUUAGGGGGCUAGCCCUCCCCCACACACCCUGAAACCCCCUUGUGUGUGUAAGCCCCUGGCCCUGCCUAGCAAGCAGGGAUAGGAAGUGACAUCAUGCCAGCUGGGGGGUGGGUCCAUGACAUGCCCCACCCUGGGGUGGAGCCUGUGUGCUAGCCCUCCCCUGUGCCCCCUGCCCCAUCACAUGGGUGACCCCGACCUGGGGUCCCCCCCUGGCUCUGUCUGACCUGAAAGAGGAAGUGACAUUGUGCUCAUGCCCCCUUUCCUCCCACCCCCACCCUCAGCUAAAAAUAUCCAGCGCCAGCAUGGACCGGAAAGGACCGUGACACAGCACCCAGGCCCAGCCCCCCACUCCCACAGCUUCCCAGCAGCAGUGAGGCCCAGCCCAGCCCCCUCCCAGUAUAGGCUGGCACUGGCUAAGCAGGGCUGGGGGAGGGGGCCCACCCUGCGCCCCAAGGGGGCAGGAGCCAGUAUACCCAGUGAAAGGGGCCGGGGGGGGGGUGGUUGGGAGAUGAAGGCCUGGGUUUCUGGCCUAAAGCGAAUGCCAGGGCCGCAGGGGAAGGGUUUGGAGGAAGCUGGAUGCCUGGGUUCCCCCUGGGGACAGAGGAAGCUCAGGCCUCCCCUCCCAGCUGCUCCCCAUUGCCUGCUGGGGCCUAGGGUCCAAACUAAACAGGGAGGGCUGCUUGUAGGGGAGGAAGGGCAAUUGGCCUGGGUUAUUGCCCCACCCUGUGGCAGUUGGAGCUCCCCUUUUGCCCCAAAACAGCCCCUUCCUUCCUUGUGCUGGGAGGGGAAGCAGUCCUAGUUUCACUUCCUGUCCCAAACCCGGGGAUUGUCUGCAGCAAUCCAGUCGUGUCAGGGGCUGCAGACCCCCGCGCUGAGACUGGGGGCUGCUGGGUGCCGUACAGACCCUGUAGGCCCAGAUCAGGAGCACCAGGUGCUGCGCUGCCCCCCCAGGCCAGGGUCAGGGUGGCGGGGGUGCCAGGUCGGUGCCCAGAGCCCCCAGGCGCAGCGGAGGGGAUGCUGGGUGCUGCACAGCCCCCCUGGAUGUCACUGGGCCCCGCCAGGCUCUGUCCAGACCCCGUGGGGCCGUGCCAGGCGCUGUGCAAAUGCACCGAGUGUGGCAGGCCGCAGGCGGAUUCCUGGCAGGGGCUGGCCCCAGGCCCCCACUUCCUUUCCUGGGGCCUGGGAGGAAGUGACUGACGAGGGUGGGGGAGGGGCCACACCCUGCCUGAUAGCGCUGCACCCGGACGCCCGCUGCAGCCACGGGGAAACCGAGGCAGCGCCCAGACCCCUGGCACUGACCGGGGAGACGGCUGCACCCGGCAAGGCAUCAUGGCGGGGCUGAAGACGGCGACGGGUGAUGCCAUUGACGCAUCGUGGGAGCUGCGUGUGGCAGUGGAUGGGGCCGGGACCAAGGACGGGGCUGAGGCCGCCAAUGUCACGCUGCGCGUCACUGGCGACCUGCACAUCGGGGGGCUCAUGCUGCGGGUGGCCGAAAAAAUCGGGGUGCAGCGGGACUGGUCAGACCACGCGCUGUGGUGGGAGCAGAAGCACCAGUGGCUGCUGCGCACAGGCUGGGCCCUGGACAAGUAUGGCUUGGGUGCGGACGCCCGGCUCCGCUACACGCCCCAGCACAAGCCGCUGCGACUGCGCCUGCCCAACCGGCGCCGCGUGCGGGUCCAGGCCUCCUUCAGCGACACCAUCUUCCGCACCGUGGCCGACAUCUGCCGCCUCUUGGCAAUCCGUCACCCCGAGGAGCUGUCUCUGCUGCGCCCACCCGAGGGGAAGGAGAAGAAGAAGCGCAAGGAGGCAGCGCUGGGGGCCGAGGAUGACUUCGACCUCACUGGGAUUGUGCUGCCCAAUAGUGCGGAGCAGCAGCAGUUCCGGGGGAUGCCGCCCCACUUCUCCGACAGCCCUGAGGCCACGGCCUGUUACCGGAUGCUCUCGCUCAGCCAGGCUGGGCCCAGCCCUGAGACCGUGAUGAAGUCCCCGCGCCCCGGCAGCCUGGUGGAGAAGGGCCAGAUCAACAGCAGGUGGCUGGACUCAUCACUGUCGCUGAUGACCCAGGACGUGCAGAAGGAUGACGAGCUCUGGCUCCGGUUCAAGUACUACACCUUCUUCGACCUGGACCCCCAGUAUGACACGGUGCGGAUGACGCAGCUGUACGAGCAGGCGCGCUGGGCCCUGCUGCUGGAGGAGACCGACUGCACCGAGGAGGAGACCGUGCUGUUUGCCGCCCUCCAGUACCACAUUGAGAAGCUGUCAUUGAGCACGGACCCCACGGCCCCCUCCGGGGACGCCCCCACCCUCGAUGACCUGGACUCGGCCCUCAGCAGGCUGGAGGUCAAGCUGGAGGGGCGCACGGCCCCCACUGACAUGCUGGAAAACCUGACGGCCAUCCCUGAGCUGAGGGAAACUCUGCGGGUGUUCAGGCCGCGAAAGCUGACCCUGAAGGGCUUCAAGCCGCACUGGGUCGUGUUCAAGGAGACGUCGCUCUCGUGCUACCGCAGCCAGGAGGAGGCGCUGGGGGAGCCGGUGCAGCAGCUCAACCUCAAGGGCUGUGAGGUCGUCCCAGAUGUCAACCUAUCGGGUGGCAAGUUCUGCAUCAAACUGCUGGUGCCGUCGCCCGAGGGCAUGAGCGAAGUGCAUCUGCGCUGCGAGGACGAGAAGCAAUACGCCCGCUGGAUGGGCGCCUGCCGUCUGGCUGCCCGGGGCCGCACCAUGGCCGACAGCACCUACAGGGCCGAAGUCCAGAACAUCCUGACCUUCCUGCAGCUGCAGCGUGCUAGCUCCACCUCUGGCCCCACCCCCAGCCCCACCCUUGCCCCCGAUGGAGCAGGGCCCACCUGGCUCUUUCCCCCGCGCUACCAGAAGAGGUUCAAGCCCAAGCAGUUAACCCCACGUGUGCUGGAGGCCUACCAGAACGUGGCCCAACUCUCACUGACUGAAGCCAAGAUGCGCUUCCUGAAGGCGUGGCAGGCGCUGCCCGACUUUGGCAUCACCUACUUUGUGGUCAGGUUCAAGGGCAGCCGGCGGGACGAGGUGCUGGGCAUUGCCCCUGGGCGCUUGUUGCGCAUCGACCUAGCCGUGGGCGACGUGGUGAAGACCUGGCGCUUCAGCUCCAUGCGCCAGUGGAACGUCAACUGGGACAGCCGGCAGGUGGCCAUCGAGUUUGACGAGCACAUCAACGUGGCGUUCGCGGUGGUCUCAGCCGGGUGCAAGGUGCUGCAUGAAUUCCUGGGCGGCUACAUUUUCCUGUCCACCCGUGCCCGCCCUGGCCCUGGCCCCAGCCCCGUCCCUGAUGAGCAGCUCUUCCACAAGCUUACC